AUGUCCGCCUCAGACGUCCAGAAAUUCAUCUUGAAUCCAGCGAACCAUGACCUCCUCUCCCUUCUCAAGGGGUUCAGGAAUGGUAUCGUAUAUGGUGUCAAGAUUCGAUUUCCACACGCGCUGGUGAUGACCGUCCUCUUCUCCAAUCAGCCAUGGCCAGCAAAAAUCCGGAACAUCUUCAAUGCUACCAAGACCCACGCCCUGAAUCUCGCUAAAUUCGUGACUAUCUACAAGCUUGUCUUGCUCUUGCAAAAGCGGUUCAAUGGAGGCAAGGAGCGGGAUCUGGACAGUUUGUUUGCGGGUGGACUGGGCGGCUGGUGGGUGUUUGGCGAGAGGACAGCUAUCAACGAACAAAUAGUCCUCUACGUCCUCGGCCGCACAGUCCUCUCCUUCAUUCCCCGCCUCUACUCCUCCUCCGCUACCGCCCCCGCCUACCCCUUCUCACCCCUCCCGCACCCUCUUCCACCCCUCACCGCCGCCGCGUCCAACCCGCGCGCCAUCCCGCCCGCGAACCUGCCAUUUAGCGUCGUGGCCGCCCUGAGCUGGGCGGGGGUCAUGUACAUGUUUAGACAUAGAGGGGAGAGGUUGCAGCCUGGGAUGGGGGCUUCGAUGAAAUACCUGUAUCACGAUUCCGAGACUUGGAAUGACCUUCGGACGCUCUUGUGGCAUAACAAGUGA